AUGUACUGUACCCUUGGGUACAGUAUACCGUAUUAUGCAGCAAUUGAAGCCAGGCUGCUCUACCGAAAUCUUCCCUACUGUGAAUGUGUUGGCGUCAUCACUGUCCUCUCGCAUUUCCAUAGCCAAAGCGCAAUCCGCUUGCUGCACGAGCUGUGCAGUCAACUAUGCGGAACGAUGCAUGCCUCCAGAUUCGUAAGGGCUAAACCGCAAGAGCUGCGACGCAAAAUGUUGUCUGCCAGCAGUACCUCCGCCGGCAGUACCUCCGCCGGCAGUACCUCCUCAGUUGCCCCGCAGAAGUUAGGAAGGGUGGUUCUGGCAUGCACCUCUGCGAACAUAGGUGGGCUAUUAGCUGGUCUUCAACUGGCACUCUUUUCUGGGAUUUUGGAGAUGGGUUCUUUCAGAGACGCCAUGUCACCGCAGCCGGUAAACUCUAGAGCAAAAUCAAUAAUUACAGCAGCUCUCAUUGCCGGAAAUAUCAUCGGUACACUUCCGGCCGGACCUCUCUCCGAUCGUGCAGGUCGCCGGCCAGCCCUACUCGUAUGUGCAGGACUAUUUACAUUGGGGGCGCUCAUCAUGGCGAAUGCGAAAGCCCUCUUUCAAAUAUCAAUUGGUCGUCUAAUAGCAGGUAUAGCUCAAUCCAUUGCUAAUGUUGUUGGUCCGAUGUAUUCGGCUGAGUUAGCGCCGCCGCAUUUGAGAGGGAUGAUUGUCAACAUAUUUCAGCUGUCGAUUACUAUCGGAAUUUUUCUUGCGCAACUGAUAAAUUGGACAGUCUGGGCGGAUGAUGCAUGGACUCGUCCACUAAUGUUUGCUAUAUCAUCAGCAGUCGUUAUGUUUUGUGCAGUUCUGGCGUUUGUGCCAGAGUCGCCUAGUUGGCUCGCGGCCAAGGGCCGAAGAGUUGAGGCGCUUUCUGCUUCCCGUUGGCUAGAUGCAGUGCCCCCCGAAGCAGACACAGCGGAAACAGCUGAAACAGGUGGCAUUGGGGGGCUCGAAACGCAUUCUGGACGUACUUCCCUCAUGAAGUUAUUGAGAGAUGCAUCUAGUAGACGAAGGUUGCUCAUUGGGGCAGUAUUAAGUGCCGCUCAACAAAUGACAGGGAUCAACGCUGUUAUCUUUUUUGGACCGGCUCUUGUGGCAGAUGUACUCAAGCUAUCCGGAUCUGCCGCUCCUUUCAAAGCAGCAGCAAUUGUAGGAUUUGGCAAUUUUUUGGCUACAGUGUUGUCCAUGGGAGUAAUUGAACGAUUUGGGAGACGACAACUGUUGCUUGCUACAGGACCGCCGAUGAUCUUUUCACUUGUGACGAUUGGAAUGAUGCGGGAUGGUUUCAUCGGAAGAAGCGGAGCUGUUGGGGUAUGCGCACUGCUUGUUUUUAUCUGUGGCUUCGCCUUAGCGUACGGGCCCCUUACGUUUGUGGUCCAGUCGGAAAUAUUUCCCGUGAGCUAUAAAGGUACUGCUAUGAGCUUUUGUACUAUGGUCUUGAGCUUUUGCGCGCUAGGUGUAGCCACUGGAUUCCUUCCACUGUUGGAGCGAUUUGGCGGCGGGAUUUACUAUUUUCAUGCAGUCUGUAUUGUUGCUUCCAGCAUAUUCAUCGCAGCUUUUGUUCCGGAAACUCGAAGCUUAUCGCUAUCCGAAAUUGACCGGAUGCUCGGUUAA